CACUCCUCCCCGGCUGUGUGUAAGCCCCACGCCGCUUGACAUGCCCUGAAUCUCCGCGUGUGUGCUUGUGUGCGCACUUGCAUGCCUGCCUGCAACUUUGCCCCGUUCUGGUGCUGCUCAUGCUGCCAGUGUUGCACACCCACAUGUCUCUGUGUGCGUGUGUGCAUGCACGUGAGGAAAGAGGAGCAAGGGGAGGCGAAACGGUCGCACUUAUAGGAAGCACCAGCGGUCAUUACGAAGUGUGAAAGCAAACUCUGCCAUCUCUUGGACUGCUCCGAGUGGACAGAUCGCCUCACAUAAUGCCAUCCUUUGAUGAGGUUUUGAAGGAAGCUGGGGAAUUUGGAAGAUUUCAAAAGAGGGUAUUUUUCCUCCUCUGCCAGACAGGCAUAACUUUUUCAUUCCUGUUUGCCAGCGUGGUUUUCCUUGGGCAGGCACCAGACAGCUACUGGUGCAGGAUUCCAGGGGCAGUCGAAUUAAGCGAACGAUGUGGCUGGACGCUAGAAGAGGAACAAAACUUCACAGUACUGCCCCUGCACCUGGCGAAUGGGUCCUACAGUGGAGAGUGCGAGAGGCUGGACAUGGUGUGGGACACCUCUGUCAGCUGUGCCAGCCCACUUACCCACUACGGCAAUCACAACGCGGGUAACCUGCCGCUUGCCGAAUGCCAUGAUAGCUGGGUGUACAAACAGCCCCAUUCAUCCAUCGUCAGCGAGUACAACCUUGUGUGCGGUAAUUCCUGGAUGCUGGAUCUCUCACAAGCUAUCCUCAAUCUGGGAUUUCUGGCUGGAGCCUUCACCCUGGGCUAUGCUGCAGACAGAUAUGGCAGAAUCCUCAUCUACCUGCUCUCCUGUCUCGGGGUUGGGAUAUGUGGUAUCAUAGUAGCAUUUGCACCAAACUUUACUGUAUUUUUGAUCUUCCGUUUUCUCCAAGGUGUGUUUGGCAAGGGAACCUGGAUGACCUGUUAUGUGAUCGUGACAGAGAUUGUUGGUUCUGACCAGCGGUUUGUUGGGAUCGUGAUUCAGAUAUUCUUCACCCUGGGCAUUAUGAUUCUCCCUGGAAUUGCGUACUUGGUUCCCACCUGGCAGGGGAUCCAGCUGGCCAUUUCACUGCCCAACUUCCUCUUCCUGCUCUACUACUGGAUGGUUCCUGAAUCACCACGUUGGCUCCUGACACAAAGAAAGGGAGAGAAGGCAUUAAAAAUCAUGCACAACAUUGCAAAACACAAUGGGAAAUAUCUCUCACCACAUUACUCAGAGAUCACUAUUAAAAAUGAGGAGGUCAGCAACCUCUCCUUUCUCAACCUGGUGAGAACUCCCCAGAUGAGGAGAUACACACUCAUCCUGAUGUAUGCCUGGUUCACAAGUGCUCUGAUCUACCAAGGGCUUGUCAUGCGUCUAGGAAUUGUUGGAGGAAACCUCUACCUAGACUUCUUCAUAUCAGGAGCUGUGGAGCUGCCUGCCGCUCUCCUAAUUUUAGUGACAAUUGAUCGCAUUGGCCGGCGCCUUCCCUUUGGAAUAAGCAGCAUUGUGGCGGGAAUUGCAUGUUUCAUUACUGCCUUCUUGCCAGAAGAUAUCCCAUGGCUCAAAACAACAGUUGCCACACUAGGAAGACUGGGCAUCACAAUGACUUUUGAAAUUGUUUAUCUGGUGAACACUGAACUGUACCCUACAACGCUGAGAAACUUUGGUGUUUCCCUCUGCUCCAGUUUGUGUGACCUAGGUGGGAUCAUUGCCCCAUUCCUGCUUUUCCGAUUAGCAGCCGUUUGGUUGGAGCUACCUCUAAUUAUUUUCAGUAUUCUCGCAGUUGUCUGCGGGCUCCUAGUAUUGCUUUUACCAGAGACAAAGGGAAUGUCCUUACCAGAGACAGUCGAAGAUGUGGAGCAGCUUCCAAAUCAUUUUGGUAAAUGUGGCAAGAAACGGAAACACCGGGACACCAACUCUUAUAUUUGACCCUUGAAGGACAGCGGCAAGGAAAGGACAGUGUUCCCAUGCUGGUAAUUUGUUCUCCACCUACACUACGUCAAAAUUUACUGCAGAGAAUGUUUUAAAUUCCAUGUUCUUCUUCUGGGCAUAAGGACAUUUAAAACAAGCAGUGUAUUUUUCUAUAAUGUGGAAUAAAUUAAUUUUUUCUGAGUAUGCUGUUUGCAAGAAAGGAUGUGCCGUUUGCACUCUGUGGUUCUUGGAAGAGAACAGAGCAGCGUAAGAAAGAUGCAGUAUCCAGCUCAGUGAGCUUUUAUUUAUUUCUUUAUAUAUUUGAGCCAUUUGUUUAUUUCUAUUGUUAGCAUGUAUCUUUGGGUGUGGAGGGUUGGAAAUCGUACUGCUUGUUUAACAUUUGAAUGACUUUGGGGAAGACAGGAUGAAUAUUUCAACCAUUCUUCUUUUCCCCCUGAGAAUGUGGAAAACAGAAGAUCUGAUGUCUUGGUAAUGAGGAUGCUGGUCAGGGCAGUCCUCUCUUUGGUCAGGAGAGAUGGGAAUCACAGGCAUAUAUCAGGACGCUCGUCUGCUCCUCUCCCCCAGAGAGCCAUUGCCACAAAAGUUCUUCUCCCUCCCUGUUCAAAGGCUUUCUGAAACACGUCAGCAGUCCUUCUUCUCUCCUUCCCAGGGCUUCAUAUAGGUGGCACAUCCUACACAAGGCAUUAGCUCUGCAGGUCAGUUUGUCCUCCUGCCUCCUCCAGUUGUGCCUCCUCCAGUCACAGCUGGGAUUCAUGUGCCAACCCAUUGUCCUGUCCCCUGGCCAAGGAUCCCCACAUUUCCUGAGGGAAGGACUUCUGUCUGCUCUUCCCUGAUGGGUGCUUUUCCAGCCCUCCCUUUGAAGAUCUGAUCUUUUAUCUUCUAAUACAUACUUUCUGCCAUUCCUAUGAACAAAAUUAGAAUCGUAGAACGCUUUACGUUGGAAGUGACCUUAAAGAUCAUCUAGUUUCAAAGUCCCUGCCAUAGGCAGGGACACCUCCCACUAGAUGGGGCUGUGCAAGACCACAUACAGCCUGGCCUUGAACACUUAUGGGGAUGGGGCACCCACAACUUCCCUGGGCAACUUGUUCCAGUGCCUUAUCACUCCCAUGUGAAGAAUUUCUUCAUAAUGCCUAAUCUAAAUAUCCCCCCCUCAAACAAUUUAAAGCCAUUUUUCCUGAUGCUGUCACUCCAUGCCCUUGUAAACAGUUCCUCCUCAACUUUCCUGUACGCUUCCUCCAGGUAUUGGAAGGCCGCUAUAUGGUCUCCCUGAACCCUUCUCUUCUUCAAGCUGAACAACCCCAACUCCCUCAGCCUGUCCUCGUAGCAAAGGUGCGAGCACACAUUGCCAGCUCAUGUUGAGCUUCUUGUCAACCACCACCCCCAAGUCCUUCUCUGCAGGGCUGCUCUCAACCAUGUCAUCUCCCAUCCUGUACUGGAACGACAGAUUGCCCCAACCCAGGUGUAGGACCUUGCACUUAGCCUUGUUGAACCUCAUGAGAUUCACAAAGGACCACUUCUCCAACUUGUCCAGGUCCCUAUGGAUGACUUCCCAUACUUCUAAUGAGGCAACUGCACCACUCCACUUGGUGUCACCUGCAAAUGUGCCGAGAGUGCACUUGAUCUCGCUGUGUAUAUCAUUGAUGAAGAUAUUAAACAGCACUGGUCUCAGUACGGACCGCUAAGGGAUGACACUAAUCUCUAUUUGGACAUCAAGUUGUUGACCACUACUCUCUGAAUGUGGCCAUGCAACCAAUUCCUUAUUCACAGAACAGUCCAAUUUAGAGAGAAGGAUGUUGUGGGGGACCAUGUCAAAGGCUUUACGUAAGUCCAAAUAGAUUACAUCCACUGCAUUUCCUGUGUCCACUGAUGUUGUCACCCCGUCAUAGAAAGCCACUGGGUUUGUCAGGCAGGACUUGCUUUUGGUGAAGCCAUGCUGGCUGUCUUAAAUCAAUUCCCUGUCUUCCAUGUGAUUUAGCAUGGCUUCUAGGAGGAUCUGUUCCAUGAUUUUCCCAGGCACCAAGGCUUGGCUCGGUUCCCUUGCUGUGAGAGCUGUCAAGGUGAUCCCUAAAUUCUGCUUCUCUCCAUUAUUAUUACUUGUCAUCUUUCUCUCUUGGGGAUAAAUUGUUUGGGUUGUUGACAGGAGUGUUAAGCUAUCUUGGGAAUAUAUGCAGGGAUGAGACAAGAGCUUUGGCUAUGGAGGGAAGCGUUAACUGGUUGUUUCAAGCUGACACGUAGAAGAAUAGCUUGAAUCUGUGGGUCUGCAAGCAGGUAGCAGGGACAGCCUUCCUUCCCUUACAGCUGUUCAGCCUUCUUUAUCAAACGUCGGGUCCUGAGCACUGACAGGUAAACAAUACACUCAGAGUGAAGGACUUGAGAACAUGUGGUGUUCAAAAGGUAUCCUAUUACCAGCACAGAAUAAUUAAAAAAGAAAAAAAGCAAAAGAGCUGUUGUAAUGGCCUCAUAAGCUCAGAAAAUAACAUAUUUGGCAUUCAGAUAUAUAGGACUGAGUUUUGAAAGUUCAUACCACAAAGGAGUAGUGUUAACAUUACUGUCAUUGCAGCUGAAUGACUACUGCUCCAGUCUCACUAUAUUAAGACCACAUAUAGGCUCAGGGGUGCCUGCUCAGGGUGGUUUCCUAUGGUGAGAAGUGAGUAUACUGUCAUUUCAAGUUCCUGACUCUCCCUGCCUUUUCUCAGCAACUGCUGAUACCACCUACCCUUCUGGAGGAAAACAAGACCUUUGCUAGUAAUCUCGGUCUAAUGUUUGCAUACUUCAGGCAGUUAGUGUUAAAGGGCUCUUUCAAUAAUACAGCUGGCUAAUUGGUGAUAUCUAGAAGACAACAAAAAACCAGAAGAGUGGCUGUGGUGUUGCACUAUUGUGAGUGAGAGAUGAUAGAUGUGAUUGUAGAAACAGAGGGGGAGCUUCGGUGAGGGAGGACCCCACAGGGAACCUGCUGAGAUUGUGCACACGACCAGACUGGCUGCUUGUUUAUAAAGAGUUAUUAUAAAUUCAUGUAUGCCUCAAACCACUUAAUACAUUGAGUCUCACGGGAAAGUACUACAAACUUCUCAGGAGGCAAAACAGUAUUCUCCUAAACUGCAUGGGCUGGUCCCAAAAGGACUGUCAACAUCCACUUCAGUAAGAGGCACCUUCAAGAGGGGCCAAACAUUUCCAGCUUUAGUUGUCUUCCAUGUGUUAUAUUUCAGAGUCUCAGCGAGAGAUGUGAUGUGCAUAGCAGACAAAAGACCAUCUUAGUGCUGCCAAAGACACGUGUUUACCAUGACAACAGAAACUCAGGAGCCGGGGUUUCCUGCCUGCAAAGAGAUUCGCCAGACCAACAAAUCAGUGAAUGUGCUAUUGGAUUCAAAUGUGCCUCUGUCACCAAAUUGCCUUUUUUCUUCAUCUAGUCUGUGUCACUGGUUAGUGGUAGGUGGCAAUUUUUAUUGCUAUUGAUACUCUCACAGAAGGAAAAGAUCACAAUUCACAGAUUUUAAGAGGUUAUGUGACAGGACUUCUGCAGUCACUUAGGUGCCUCUAGGCAUUUCUGGUGGACUUGGCAAUGACAGCAGUGGUGGAUUUGUCUGCCUACAAGCCAGGUAUUAACCAUGCCUGCAACAGUUCACAUUUGAGGAGCUUUACAAAUCAAAGACCCAACUGCAACACAGAAUUUCUGUUGUUGGGUUGUACUGUGUGGAUUUCUUGGCUGACUUAAUGAUCCAGAUUAAUAGGCAUGGAAAAUAUGCAGAAGGAUAUUUGUGCUCAGUGGGUGGGGAAUGCUUUAUCAGAGCUGUUCCUGCUCAGCAAGGCAAUGCCCUGAGACCAUUGCUUCUCCCAGAAACAGGCUCCAAGUGCAGAAGCCUUAAAACUCACCCUGCCACCUAACUGUUUUAUAGCUCUCAUCUCCCUUUUAGCCUAUGGGAGAAAAAUAAGAACUGCAGGGAUGCAACCCAUCCCUUUGUAUGUACAUGUAUACAAAAAAUAAAAAGACAAUCUAAAUUAAAUAACUUGCAGCUUGGCAUGCUUGGGAAUAGACCUCUGCACUGAAGAAAAUGGGCUAGACAAGUUCCAGCCCAGGAAUCAGCUGUGUUGCUUUAGGUACACUCAGCAUACCGUGGGGAUUUAGGAAGGAUUCCAUGAAGAGUCGAGGUUCCCAGAUGCCUGUGGAGUGCUCCCUGGCUGACAUGCAAGAGGUGCAGGAUAGGAGCAGGGGUUCAUAGUUGGCAAGUGUUUAACUUUGGCAAGCAUGAACCAAACUUUCCUUGCAAAGCAUCUCUAAAGGUCUAAAUUUUCACUUCCUAUAACCAAAAGCACAUGUACAUAAUUUCUUUUUAGAGAAUAAAAAUGUACAUAUAAUAAUUAUAUCAUGACAAAAAGUUACGUAGUGAAACAAAUAGAUACUAUGGACAACAAGAUUUUAUAAUAUGUUAACUGCAUCAUCAUUA